AUGCCGUCAACAAGGGCAGCCCGGACUCGUCGCUCAAAGCCUACAUACGACGAAGGCCACGUAUAUGAUCGCUCAAUGCAAGAGUCUUCACUUUGCCUACACGUUCCACGGUCAAAUGUCGAAAGGUCGAUCCGCGCUGACGCAGAAAGGACACCCUCUGGGACUCCAAUACUACUUCCUCCCAUCGAAAUAUCAACUUCAAGAAACACCAGCUUACAUAUCACAACGAGAAAGAAAACUUUCGGAGAAGUGCAAGUCUCUAGGGAAACCAAUCCCAGGUACUCGAGAAAAAUCCGUAAGGCAAGAGAUACCGCGAUCCCUUAUCCGAAGAAUGAAAGUCAGGAUAGUAAAACCUUGCGAUGUCGUGCAUCAGAGCAACCAGUGAUUGACCGAGGAUGUUUACGAGAAACCGUCGAAAUGGAGGACGAAAAAUUGCAGGCUUCAACCGUGGAGUUCGUCCAAUACCUAAGUUCGGAUAACACGAAGGAACUGUCUAUUGCUCAAGCACGAAUUGACGAAUACCUGCAUCAGCUGACGGAAGAGCGCAAAUUCAUGUUGGCAGAACUGAGCAGGGUGAAGGACACUGUCAUGGAGCUCGGGCUUGAGUUGGGAGAAGUCAGACGAUAUCUCAGUUGCAUGCCUCCUAGGUACCGGCGACGUGACGAUCCACGAGGGAAGCCGUUUAAGGACUGGAGGCGCGAUCCUUCCACGAAGGAGCAUCUACCAGGGCGAAUCGACACCGAACUCGCAAAUCAAUGGGCGGAAGAACUGAACAGAGCUACCGUUCCAAUUAAACUGGAGAGUGGGACUCCUGCCUUUCGUUGCGCGGAAGGUAGCAGAUACGAAAACGGCGAGGUUGUACGGAUUUUCAAGGACGAAUAUCUACCAGAUCCCCCAGUGUGGGAUGAUGAUCAUACGACCGUCAGAGCGGAAGAGCCGAGAUUAGGAAUAAAACGAGUACAUGAGGAAGACACGGACGAAACUGACGAAAACGUGCCGCCGACGAAACGUCAACGACUACGAGAAACUUCGAAACCGGUAGUCAUGCUCGGAUAUGACAGAUGGGCCGCAUCUGCAAGUACACGUCGCUCAGAGCGCCAGCGACACUUAACGAUCGAGACUCGAGAGUACCAAUGA